AGUUUGUUGGUCAGUCUUUUCUGAAAUUAAGGAGGAGAUGGAAUAGCCACUUGUGGUGGCUGAUUAAUUACGCAUAAUUUAUUUUUGUCACACGUUAAUCCAAGAUUCAUAUCGCACCGGAAGGAAUAAGCCGCUGUUUAAGGAAAGGAUUGAGUUUUAGUUAAUAAAAUUAGCAUGGAGCAGUCAAUCCAUGUCUUACUGGCGUUGUUGUGUUCACUGAUUAAUCAUUUUGUAGUGACGGAAAAUAAUGCAGGAGGUUACACUUAUCUUCCACAUCCCGGCUUUGGUUUGCCUCUGGUGGGGAGACACCCACCCCUGACGUACGGCUAUGGUCACCCCGGCAUCGCUGGAGCCGCACCCACGGUGUGGGCAGUGUACGCGUGUCCCCUGUGUCAUCAAGUCAUUCCAGACCCAGAGUUGGAAACUGUGCUGGACUUUACGAAAAAAAUCGGUGACACGAUUUGUCAAAUCGGGACGACUUUAACUGAAAUUGGACUCAUUGCACUGGAAGAUAAUCCAGAAGUGGGAGAAAAAAUCAUGAAAAUGUUGCAAGAUCAGGUCGCCUCUGGGUCGAAGGUCAUGGCCGAAUAUACCGGAAGCACUGGAUCUACUGCUAAAAAAGGGAGACGUUCCAAACGUGCGGCUAUGAUGGAAGGUUCCGGGGCACUGGACAAAGUGGGAGAUUCGCUCGCCAAGGUGGGCGGGAUGAUUGGUGACGAUAUGAAAAAACUGAGUAAACGGGCCCAGGACAAGAUCAAUAAGAAAAAUAAAGAUGCACUGGACAAAUGUCGAGCUGAUAGUUGUAAAGCAGCGUCGAAACUAUUGGAGGAGGAUGGAGAGAGGCAGAAAUAAUGAAGGACGAAUGUUUUUGUACCAAUUUCAGUCAUAAAUACGUUACACUAGUUACAUUUUUUAUACGAUUUUUUAUAUUAAACACACUUCUCAAUAAAAAUGUUCUCAGUAAACAAAUUGUUAUUUAA